CGUUCGCGAAGUGGCAUGUGAAAGUUUCAGUCUUUGUAUGCCAAAAUCGUCAAUUCCAGACCUUUUGCGCUCUCUAUGUCAAGGCUUCUCGGGUUUUCGCGCUAGUCGAAACCUUUUUACGAUCUCCCUCACCACAGUGAGCCAUGACCAGAACAACUAGACAACAGGGACCACUUAUCUCGAGACUUGAUGCGCGAUCAUGGCGGACGUGACAGUGCUGAGAUGCUGGCCAGCCUGCGUCGAUGCGAUCGAUUGGUCUCCCGACGGCAUCAUUGCACUAGCGUCGGAUGAGCGCGUAGAGCUGCUUUUUCCGAACACUGUCGAUUUCGAACGGGAUCAAGUUCUGCCGCAAUGGCAGCAUGUACCUCUCAAGGUACCUUUGUUCUCAACCGAUGAGCUCCCACUGAAAGAACCUGCGCCAACAUCCAACUACUCCAUCGGGGAAGAAAUCUCUAACAGCGCUCCCAUCAGCAUCGCAUGGUCACCGCCCGGGAUUUCCAAACAUCGAAAGUGCGCGCUUGCUGCUCUCACCGCAAAUUUGACGCUGUCCCUCUGGUCAGCAGAGGGCAAGCCACAAGAUGAGACAAGUUGGGGCCGCCGACUGAUCAUCAACGAUGCCCUCGUUGACCACUUCGGAGACUGGGACGAUGAACCUAGCCACGUAGUGGACGAUUCCAAGGAACGACUGCGGUCGAGAGGCCGCAUUCGAGCGUUCGCAUGGGCACCCGCUCUGCCUUGCCCAGGACCGGAUGGUGUUGUCGGUACCCACUUGGUAUACGGCCCACACAUGCUAGUUGUCUCUGAUGACGAUAAUCACCUCGUGUUUCUCAAGGUUGAAUCACCGACCUCCUCCUUAGGAGCUGAGCCAGACUGGAGGGCAGACGUGCUAACACAUGAGUCUUUUGCAUUGUCUUCGGAGACGAUCUUCCCGCAACCUAAUGUCUUCGAAGACAUGAUCCAACAACAAAGAUACAUAUCGCAUAUUGCCUGGAGUCCUUGGAUCAUGCGCGAAGGAUGUUAUUAUUCCGUACUGGUAUACGCUACGAAUGAGGAUGUACGGGCGCAGACUAUCACGUACAACACUGGGCGGAUAGACUUGCAACAAGAAGUCGUCUAUGCAGAUUACGAAAUGCGGUAUGACGGCCCGAUGAAAUGGUUUCACCGAGUCGAAGAUGGAGAUAGAUUAAAGCUUGCACUCUUCACAAAUACGGGACUAGUAUAUCUAACGAUAUCCGCUCUUGACGCUUCUAUUAUCGAAAGGAGCACGCAUGAUCUGGACGGGCGAUGGGAUCCGGUUUCAGGCCUUGUUUGGGAUACGACUGGCGCCACAACUCCUCGUCUCCAUAUCAGCUCUCUGCUAUCGACCCUCCACAGUCCAACUGCUAUCCUUGAGCAGACUCCUGAUGGGCUCAAAAGCCUUGAUGUCCCAGAAUGGCGGGAGAGAAUCGGAAACAACCUGGCACUGUUUAGUGUAAAGAAUGGGCUCAAAGGCAAUAGCAGGGCCAAGGUAUGGGGUCUCACGAGAUCUCCGCUAGGCGACUUCAUUGCGGCAUGCAACAGCGUACAUCCUUCCGAUAUGAUCGAGUACGGUAUUCCGGCUGACCGUAGUGGCGCCGUGGCUAUCAGCUCUCUGCGACCUGGCAGUCGUUCACGAGAUAUCUUUCCAAAAGAGAAUGUGACCGCAGAAGGAAUUAUGUACAGUCUCAAGAAGUUGGCAGAAGAAGUUAUCGAGGAUACUGAUGACAUGCCUGCACUCGCGGAUGAGAUGGUUGGAAAGCUAGUCGAGGCUUACACAGCUCCUCUUGUCUGUGAGAUGAGCGCGACCACAUCAGUAGCAUACUCUGAUGUCAACGAUCUCGACUCUUUGAUUAAAGAAUUCAAGUCGAAUGCUUUCCUUGAAUCACCUACACUGAAGGAUCGCUACACCAUCCUCGUGUCUGAAGCCUACAAGACACAAAUCAAUAAGGAGCUGCCAAAGACUCUGAUUGCGUAUCGUCUCGCAGUGACCUUGCAACAGCUCCCUUUAUCGCUCUCGCACACUACUUUCAGCGCAGAAAUUCGCGCGCAUCACAAACAACUCGUCACAUUGAUCAACAUGGUCAUGCGCUAUGGUGACACAUCCGAGUCCUUGCCCGCAGACAAAAGUUCGGAGCACCAAAGCGCAUCAAGAGUUGGAACCGCUACUAAUGGAAGCAGCAUCACAGCAAAUCAAACUCCAGCAGUUCCAAUAGCAGAUACGUGCGAUUUCUGCUCCGCAUCUAUACCGUUCGCAGACCCACGCUCAGCAACGUGCACCAACGGACAUGUGUUUCCUAGGUGCGGACUCAGUUUUCUCGCUAUCCAAGCACCCGGCAUCACCAAGUACUGUGGUAUAUGCAGCACCCCAUUCUUGAGCGACGAGUUCGUCACCGCCCAAGAAUAUACAGACAGCAACAAAAGCGUCGACGCUGGAGAUAACACCGCCAUGACAGCUGUGAUAAGAGGCGAUGAGGUAUCGGAGGGAAGGGAGGAGAGCAGUGAUCCGUUGAACGAGGUGGAUGAAGAGGGUUUCAGCGACCAAGAAGGACGCGAGCAAGCAAUGGUUGUGGAUCAAGAAAGCGACGACUCCGACGAUGAAGAUGAUCUGUACGAACAAAAGGAACUUCCCGUCACGCUGGCACGGGUACUAUUCCUUGCAUGCGACGUCUGCAUAUACUGCGGUGGCAAAUUUAUUGGUUGACCAAGACAGGUCCAGUUUCAUAAUCCGGCCCAAAGGCUUCAUGUACUUAUGUUCGUAGUAGCGAAGAAAUUCCCUGCCAGACUCCCUCUUCUUUACACAAACGCGCUCUAUCUAUUAACAUGGUCUGACCAGGUAUGACAUGACAGUCCAACUAAACAUCUCAAGAUGUUGGAACCCGGAAACGUUCAAGACGCUG